AUGGCGAGGCGCGAGCUGCGGCUCCAGGCCGAACUCCUCGAUCGCGUCGUCGUGCCCGGGAUCGACUUUUACGUCCGUCUCGCGGUCGACGCGGUGGGCGGCGACGGCGGCGACGACGAAGCCGAGUCCGUCAGCGUCAGCGCCAUCACGUGCGAGUGGCACGGCACCGAGCGCCUGGAUCCCGCGUGGGUUCGACCCGCGCGGGGGGCGUCGUCCGCCCCCGCGUCCUCCGGAGGCGGGGGAUUGGCGCCGGGAGAGCGGUUCUUCGCGAGGUCGCCCGCCGCGAAGGUGGCCGCCGACGUCGUCGCGCGCGCGGGCGAGACGCUCGCCUUCCGCGUCGGCCUGUGCCUCCCGCCGGGGAUGCCGCCAUCGUUCAGAGGCGCGGUGGCGCGGUACGCGUACGCGGUGACGUUCGUGGCGACGACGGGGGGCGACCGCGUCGUGCACAGGAUGUCGCUGCCCGUGGAGACGGUAUCGGGCGUCGCCGACGGAGGAGCAGCAGGAGGAGGAAGAGGAUGGGGACUCGCGGGAGGAGGGAUCCCGCAGGCCUCCGGGGGCUUCCUGGGCGCCGCGCUGUCCCCGUCGUCGUCGCGACACGUCCUGCGCAACAGCCCCGACGCGGGCUCGCCCACGGGCCGGCCGGCCGUCGGCGCCGACGUGCCCUCCUCCCCGACGCACCGCCUCGCGAGGUCCGACUCGCUCCCGCCGCCGGAGUCGCCGGGCAGCCCGCUCGCCGCCCUCAGCCUCGGCUUCGCGGGGGGCGGAGUCGAUUCGCCCGCCAGCUGUGGCUCGUCGCCGUUCGGCCGCGCGGCUCCGGCGACGGCGCCCGCAGCGGCGUACGCGAUCGCGCUCGACGACGGGUCGCGGCUGCUGAGGGUGAUCCCGCGAGCGCCGACGCCGCGAUGCGUGGCGGGGGGCGCGUUCGAAGUCGCGUUGGAUUUUGGUACCGAGGAUGAGCCUUCGGCGGGGGCGGCGGGCAGAGGAGGAGGAGGCGGUGGAGACAGUGGCGGUGGAGACAGUGGCGGUGGAUACGGUGGCGGCGGUGGCGGCGGUGGAGGCGAUGGUAGGUUCAGGUGCGAGCGCGUGUCCGUGUCGCUGGAGACGGAGGAGGUUGUCGUUCAUUCCGCCGUCGACGACUUAAGACCCGGUUCGCCCCCGGUUAAGAGUCUGGAGGAUCGCGAACGCGACGGCGAGUGCGUCGUGACCCGCAAGGUGUGGUGCGAGCGCUCGGAGUGGACGUCGGAUACGCGGGAGACGCACUUCUGCCUGGCGUCCCCGACGGACGCCCCCGCGAGCUUUCGGACGUCCAGGGCGCAGCUGCGGUGGAUCGCGAGGUUCGAGUUUACGGCGUCGGCGGAGCUCGGCGGCGGCGGUCGGAGAGUGGAGAAGAAGGUGGAGUGGCGCAUGCCUGUGGAGAUGUCGGGGGCGCACGCGUUGGGGUUGGGGGCGCGGGUUGGGACGGCGCGGGGCGUUCCCGCGGGUUGGGACGGCGCGCGGGGGUCGAUGACGAGGGAGUCGUCGCUGCUCGCGUUGUGA